AUGUUUGGAGAGAUUAGUUUGGAGUCUGAUUUUGCUCUCUUGGAGUCCAUUCGGCAACACCUUCUCGACGAUAAUUUCGAUACUGUUUUGGAAGAAUCUUCGCCGACAGCUUCAGGCAGCCCUCCUCCUAUGAGCUGCCGGAGUUUCAGCUUGAGUGCCCUUUUCUCGGGGGAGAGUUGGAGCGACAUGCCGCUGAAAGUGGACGACAAUAACGACGUGGUCGUUUACAGUGGUUCCACAGACAGCAGAUGGAGUCCAUCAUCAGAUCACAGCCACAUUGAUGUUGUUGAGACCACACCCGUGAAAUCGGAGCCUCAGGAGGUGGUUUUGGAAGGGAUAGAGGUGGCGCGUGAGACUCACGCGCCGUCAUCGGGCAGGCACUUUCGAGGAGUGAGGAGGAGGCCGUGGGGGAAGUAUGCAGCGGAGAUUAGGGAUCCUAAGAAGAACGGGGCGAGAGUGUGGCUUGGGACCUAUGAGACGGCGGAGGAUGCGGCAUUGGCUUAUGACAAAGCCGCUUUUAAGAUGCGAGGCUCCAAAGCCAAGCUCAACUUCCCUCACCUUAUUGGCUCGGAGGGAUGCGAGCCGGUUAGAAUAACCCCAAAGCGGCGGGCACCGGAAACUUCCUCUUCGACUUCCUCGUCAGACAGUGGGUCGCCAAGGCCAAAAAGGAGAAACACCGGAGCUGGCUCGGUGGCUGGAGCCGAGUCGGGUAGCGAAAGCCUAAUAGAGAUGGUUGAGAUGAGCCAGCUAGCCGUUGUUGAUCAAUGGCUAAAUGAUCUCAACACUACAGCAUUCCCCAUGCCACAUGAAUUAUAA